AGCAAUAAUUGCUGUGCACUCAAUCAAGCAAGCGUUGCAUAGGGGCAAACCACUGAUUUUUGGCUGGCCGGGCCAUUCGCCAUUACGCGGCCACUCUUGGCGCUGCACCAUAGGUACCAGUUCUUUACCGCAAGCAGCAGUACGUCUCCUGCAGCCAGCCGACCGAACCCACACUACUGCACCAAACCAACUAGUCACUACAGUACGCCUCGAAAGGCACCCUACCCUUCAACUCAGCCUAAUCGCCUCCGCUCGCUAGCUACACCGUGACGUGACCUCGUUGCUGACCGGUCUGUCGCAUUGCGUUGAUGAUCGCGCAUCGUCAACAGCCUCAACAACCACGUUUUUGUCCCGGACCUGCAUACUGCACUGUCAAGCUUCGCCAUCAUCCAAGCAUUCCCUCGUUGUAGUCAGCAUGUCGCGCGACUCGAGCUUCACCUUUCUGCACCUGCACCACUCGCACCACGCCCAUCUGCUCGAAGACUUCACUCGUAUCAAGCUGCCUGCCGAAGAAAUCCACGUCGCGUCGCAACACCAGCCCAUCAAUCCCGACGACGAGGACGAUAUCGUGCCAGAUCAACAUGCUGCGUUUGGCAUUCAGCGCGCGCAGCAGAAGCAUCGCGAGCCGGCUUGGAGACAUCUCGGCCUGGAGAGCCUGAUGAAUGAAGCACCACCAGCGACCAAUGGCCAGGCGAGCGCGGGAGCACAGAUCAAUGCCAGUCGUGUCUUGAGAUGACACCAAUCCUCUAUGAACG